AAUAAUGGGAACUCUUCUGGUUUUUUUCUCUGAAUACCAAAAGAAAAAUGUAGGAAAACCGAUAAGCGCGUGUAUAGCACGUGCCCGGCGUGCUGGUGAACCGUCCAUUUCCCCUCACGCAGCCUUUGCCUCCAAGACUCCAAGUCGCUCUCCCGCACUCAUCGUGGAGUGAAUUCCACUGCUACGCUCCGUAUUGUUUUUCACUUCCUUCCUCUUAUUAGCUUCGCGCGCGCGCGCACGCACACACUAUCAGUCACAGGCACUCCCUCCUCCGCAGAAAAAAUGUUUGUGAAUCGAAGCUUGCUUCACUGCCUCUCUCUGGUUCUGGCCGUCCGCUUCUCGGUGGUCGCUGCUCGCUUUUUCGAACCCUUCAACGUGAGCUACGACCACAGAGCUCUCAUCAUCGACGGCCACCGCCGCAUGCUUAUCUCCGCCGGCAUCCACUACCCUCGCGCCACCCCCGAGAUGUGGCCUGAUCUAAUAGCAAAAAGCAAAGAGGGUGGAGUGGAUGUGAUUGAAACCUAUGUUUUUUGGAAUGUGCAUGAACCAGCUAGAGGACAGUACAACUUUGAAGGGAGAUAUGAUAUCGUCAAGUUUGCGAAGCUAGUGGGAUCAAGUGGACUCUACCUGUUUCUCCGCAUUGGUCCAUAUGUCUGUGCUGAGUGGAAUUUCGGGGGCUUUCCUGUAUGGCUGCGUGAUAUUCCUGGAAUUGAAUUUAGGACUGACAAUGCACCAUUCAAGGAGGAGAUGCAGCGCUUUGUUAAAAUGAUUGUGGAUUUGAUGCGAGAGGAGAUGCUUUUUUCUUGGCAGGGUGGUCCCAUCAUUAUGUUGCAGAUUGAGAAUGAGUAUGGCAAUGUUGAAAGCUCAUUUGGCAAGAAGGGAAAGGACUAUGUUAAAUGGGCUGCUGGAAUGGCUCUUGGGCUGGGGGCUGGUGUUCCAUGGGUUAUGUGCAGGCAGGAUGAUGCUCCAGAUGUUAUUGUAAACACCUGCAAUGGAUUUUAUUGUGAUGGUUUUGGGCCAAAUUCUAAUGACAAACCUAUAUUUUGGACAGAGGAUUGGAAUGGAUGGUAUUCAUCUUGGGGGGGAAGAAUUCCACAUAGACCUGCUGAAGAUAAUGCGUUUGCAGUUGCUCGCUUUUUUCAACGUGGAGGAAGUUUUCAGAAUUAUUAUAUGUUUUUUGGCGGGACGAACUUUGGCCGGACUUCUGGGGGCCCAUUCUAUAUAACGAGUUAUGAUUAUGAUGCUCCAAUUGAUGAGUAUGGUAUGCUGAACCAGCCCAAAUGGGGGCAUUUCAAGGAUCUGCAUGCUGGCAUAAAGCUCUGUGAACCUGCUUUAGUUGCUGUUGAUUCUCCUCUGUAUAUAAAAUUGGGACCAAAGCAGGAGGCCCAUGUAUAUAGUGAAGAUGUUCAGGCCAGAGGCUUUAAUUCAAGUUACUCUGUAAAUGAAAGCAAAUGCGCAGCAUUUCUUGCAAAUAUUGAUGAAAAUGAAACCGCCGUGGUGACAUUCCAUGGUCAAGUAUAUACUUUGCCACCAUGGUCAGUUAGUAUAUUGCCUGACUGCAGGAAUACAGCUUUCAAUACAGCAAAGGUUGGGGCACAAACUUCCAUUAAAACUGUAGAACCUGUCUUGCCUCUUUUUCCCCAUAUUCAUGUACCUCAACAACUACAGAUUCAGAAAGAAAGUUCUUGUAUUUCUAGAACGUGGAUGACUGUAAAAGAGCCAAUUGACCUAUGGAGUGAGAACAAUUUCACGGUUCAUGGCAUAUUGGAGCAUUUAAAUGUUACGAAGGACCAUUCUGAUUAUCUAUGGCAUUUCACUAGAAUAUAUGUUUCUGAUGAUGACAUUUCGUUUUGGGAGAACAACAAAGUUAAUCCUGCACUUAUGAUUGGUAGCAUGCGUGAUGUUGUGCGAGUAUUCAUUAACGGCCAGCUUACAGGCAGCGUGGUUGGUCACUGGGUCAAGGUGCUGGAGCCUCUUCAGUUUUUCCAGGGUUACAAUGACUUGGUUUUAUUAUCUCAGACUGUGGGUUUGCAGAACUAUGGUGCCUUCUUGGAGAAAGAUGGAGCUGGAUUUAAAGGCCAAAUUAAGCUUACUGGAUUUAAAAGUGGGGAUAUUGAUCUCUCAGAGUCAUUAUGGACCUACCAGGUUGGACUUUUGGGCGAGUACCUGAAGAUAUAUGACAUUGAUCAAAGUGAGAAGGGAAUGUGGACUGAUUUGACAAUUGAUGCAAUUCCAUCAACAUUUACUUGGUACAAGACAUAUUUUGAUGCCCCCAAUGGGGUGAACCCAGUUGCUCUUGAUUUGGGAAGCAUGGGAAAGGGCCAAGCUUGGGUUAAUGGCAAUCAUAUAGGAAGAUAUUGGACUCGGGUUGCUCCAAAAGAUGGAUGUCCAGAAAUUUGUGAUUACCGUGGAGUCUAUCAUUCUGGCAAGUGUUCAAAAAAUUGUGGGAAGCCUACACAGAUCUGGUAUCACAUACCACGGUCGUGGUUGAAGGCAUCAAACAAUUUACUUGUCAUCUUUGAGGAAACAGGUGGGAAUCCAUUUGAGAUUUCAAUCAAUUCACGCUCAACUCAAACCAUCUGUGCUCAAGUGUCCGAAUCCCACUAUCCUCCUCUCUGGAAAUGGUCCCAUCCAGAUUCUGUUGGUGGCAAAAUUUCAAUAAACGAUACAACACCGGAAAUGCACUUGCAGUGUGAUGAUGAGCAUGUAAUUUCCUCCAUAGACUAUGCUAGCUAUGGAACUCCUCAAGGUAGCUGCCAGAAAUUUUCCCAAGGCAAUUGCCAUGCACCCAAUUCAUUGUCUGUGGUGUCUAAGGCUUGUCAAGGAAGGGGCAGAUGUUCAAUUAAAAUUUCAAAUACCGUAUUUGGAGGCGACCCUUGUCGACAUGUUGUUAAGACGUUGGCUGUUGAGGCAAGGUGCAUGCCUUCAUCAUAUAUCGGUUCCUCUCAGAUAUGAUAACGAAUUGAUGACAAGUAGCUGAUGCAAAUACAAAGCCCUAAGCCCAAGUCAUAGGGCACAGCAUAUAUGCCCCUUUUUUCAUUUUCUUUUUCUUAACAAAGCCAUGCCAAUUGGACUAGCCUGCUGAAUAAUUAUUCCAGUUGUAUAUAUUGUAUACCAACAUUUUCCAUGGGAACUCUUAUUUUUAUUUCUUUUUUUGGCUGAGCAGUUGCUUGGGGAGCUUUGACUUGAAUAUGUUUGUAUGAAAUAAAAAUACAUUAUACCAUAUUUAGACGCACUAAUGAAAUGAUAUUCUGUGGUUAAUUUAUGAUUA